AUGUCUAUUGUUACACUAGCUAGCUGCUCUCUCACACCGGUAGAGCAGAGAUAUUCACAGACUGAAAGAGAGGCACUAGCCGUCACAUGGGGUAUAUUACACUUUCAUCUGUAUCUUCAUGAAAGUCAGUUUCAAGUAACAACUGAUCACAAACCACUUGUACCAUUAUUCAACACCCCAACAUCAAAAGCACCAACACGCAUAGAAAGAUGGAUACUUAAACUCCAAGAAUAUGACUAUAAGGUAGUUUACCAGUCUGGAAAGCUAAAUCUUGCUGACUAUAUGUCAUGUCAUUCAUUAUCAUCAACAAGACAGUCAAGUCGUGAAUAA